UGGAGGAGACCUGACACUAAGUUGUGAUCCCAGGCAGAAGGGGGUCCAAUGGCCACUGCAAAUUAUGACCCCCACCUGGGCGCAGGCCCAUCCGAGGAUUCGGAGAUCCUCCUGGAUGAUUCUGACUCAGGGAGUGUUCUUUCUGAUGACUCGGUGCUUCCUGAAUAUGAAAGGGAUGAAAAGGAUAAAGAGCCGGCUAAAACGCUGUACGAGGCCUGCGUUAAGAAUGACCCCACAUCCUUGCGUAGGAUCCUGGAGAGAGGAGUCACUAAAGAAGAGGCCAUGGAGCUGGACAUCAAUGGCAGGAAUGGACUGAUGGUGGCCGUGGGCAAGGGAUUCAUAGACAUUGUCACCAUGCUGCACAUGUGUCCAUUAAUAGACAUCAACCACCAAGACAAUGAUGGCAAUACUGCCCUCAUGUUUGCUGCCCAGGCAGGCUUCGUCACCAUUCUAAACUAUAUCAUUAACUACUACUCUGGUGUGGACACUGAGGUCAGGGAUCCCCGUGGCUUUACAGCCCUCAUCAAGGCAGGCCUGCAGGGCCGAGAAGAGUGUGUGUCCGCCCUGAUAAUGCAUGGUGCAGAUAUGUAUGCAAUGGACCUGGUCCAAGGGAGAAGUCUAAAGGACUGGAUCCUUAGGACCGGAGGCUUUGAGACUAUUAAAAGAAUACGCCGCCUUCAGGCUCAUCCUGUAGCUGAGCAGUUCUGUGAUAGCUACAUUCCAGAGUGGCCUGAGCUGAAGCAACUGGUAGCGAAGGUCACUGCCAACAAAACAGCCAGUCAGAAGCUGAGGCAACGCUUAAAAGACAGCCUUUCUUUCAGCUUCCCUCAGGACCCCCAAGACAAUGGGGUCAUGGACCAUAUGGUGCGGAUGACAACAGGCAUCCACAGCCCCAUGGUAGCCACUGGUUGUCGUCCACUCUGUCCCAGCAGCCCCCCAGAGAUUGGCAAGAGAAGGUUUGCCGUUCCUGAACUGCUUGAAAAGCACAGCAGCAAAGAGUUGGAGGAGAGCACAGUGUCCCAUACUAAAGGCUCCAUCACCUCAGUUUCUCCCACUCCUGUGUCCGCCGCCUCUGUAUCUCUGACCUCCUGCUGCCAAAACUCAGAGCGCAGGGAAAGCGUGACACCAGGUGGCAUGAAGAGCUACAUUCCCCGCAGCAUGGCACAUAGGAACAGCAUCUUCCCCUCAGGCUGUAUUCCUAAGAUUGAAGUGACUAAAUCUGGGGAGCCCACUCCAAAGAAAGAGAAAAAGAAGAAAAUGCGGAAGGGCUACCUGGAGCCUCCUGUCUGGAAGUACAAGGAGGCCAAGGAGGAGAAAAAGAGAGAGAAGAAGCAACAAGAAAAAGAAAAAGAGCAACAGAAAAAAAGUAAAGGGUCCAAACGUUCAUCAAGCCAUAAAUGAGACUUCGUUCUCUUUUCCUCAGAGAAUUUCACUGUGAUAACUUCAUGCAUGAGGGUUGAACAUGUGACAACAGUUACUCUGAGGCCAGAAUUAACAGAAGAAAAAGGAAUAGCAAAACCAGUUGGGAAGUCAGCAAUAGAAAAAACGCAUUGACGUUUGAACUUCAUCUUGGGAAAACUAUUUAUUUAUUUAUUUUCCAGCAUCUUUGGAA